GCCGCCGCAGUAGCUAAGGCCUCUAGUAGCCGGGAAGGAAGCGGCUCGCGCGAGCUUCUGAGACUUACGGGCCGAGCUGGCUGCUGGUUGGUGCCUGGACCUCGGCAGCGGCAGCAGGUCCCUCCACGUGCUUUCGGCAGCGACAUGGAGCUGGAGGAAUUGGGGAUCCGGGAGGAAUGUGGCGUGUUUGGGUGUAUCGCCUCAGGAGAAUGGCCCACGCAGCUAGAUGUGCCGCAUGUGAUCACUCUGGGACUCGUGGGGCUGCAGCACCGAGGUCAAGAGAGUGCUGGUAUUGUGACCAGUGAUGGGAGUUCAGUGCCAACAUUCAAAACGCACAAGGGCAUGGGUCUUGUAAAUCACGUUUUUACUGGAGAUAAUUUGAAGAAAUUAUAUGUUUCGAAUCUUGGAAUUGGACAUACGAGGUACGCCACUACAGGAAAAUGCGAAUUAGAAAAUUGUCAGCCCUUUGUUGUUGAAACGCUUCAUGGGAAAAUUGCGGUGGCACAUAAUGGUGAAUUGGUAAACGCUGCUCGAUUAAGGAAAAAGCUUCUGCGACAUGGUGUUGGCCUAUCAACAAGCUCUGAUAGUGAAAUGAUCACCCAGUUACUAGCAUACACCCCUCCUCAGGAACAAGAUGAUACUCCAGACUGGGUAGCAAGGAUUAAAAACUUAAUGAAGGAAGCACCCACAGCAUACUCCCUGCUUAUAAUGCACAGAGAUGUUAUUUAUGCAGUACGAGAUCCUUAUGGAAAUCGGCCCCUAUGCAUUGGUCGUCUUAUUCCAGUAUCUGAUAUAAAACACAAAGAGAAAAAAACAUCAGAAACAGAAGGAUGGGUGGUGUCUUCAGAAUCCUGUAGCUUUUUAUCUAUUGGUGCAAGAUAUUAUCGUGAAGUCUUGCCUGGAGAGAUUGUGGAAAUAUCCAGACAUAAUGUUCGAACUCUUGAUAUUGUUUCAAGGUCUGAAGGAAACCCAGUUGCUUUUUGUAUCUUUGAAUAUGUUUAUUUUGCAAGACCAGAUAGUAUCUUUGAAGACCAAAUGGUAUAUACAGUGAGAUAUCGUUGUGGCCAGCAGCUGGCGAUGGAAGCUCCUGUGGAUGCAGAUCUGGUUAGCACUGUUCCAGAAUCCGCGACACCUGCUGCUCUCGGCUUUGCAGGAAAGUGUGGACUUCCAUAUGUGGAGGUGCUGUGUAAAAACCGAUACGUAGGAAGAACCUUCAUUCAGCCAAACAUGAGAUUAAGACAACUUGGUGUUGCAAAAAAAUUUGGAGUAUUGUCGGACAACUUUAAAGGCAAAAGAAUUGUUCUCGUAGAUGAUUCCAUUGUGAGGGGCAAUACCAUCUCACCUAUAAUAAAAUUGCUCAAAGAAUCUGGUGCAAAAGAGGUACACAUUCGAGUAGCCUCACCACCAAUUCGGUAUCCCUGCUUCAUGGGAAUAAACAUUCCCACAAAAGAAGAGCUUAUUGCUAAUAAACCAGAAUUUGAUCACCUUGCAGAAUAUCUAGGAGCAAACAGUGUCGUGUAUCUGUCAGUAGAAGGACUGGUUUCAUCUGUACAAGAAGGGAUAAAAUUUACAAAACAGAAAGUGGAAAAGCGAGAUACUGUGAUUCAGGAAAACGGGAAUGGUGUGGAAUGUUUUGAAAAGAAUGGUCAUUGUACAGCGUGUCUCACUGGAAAAUACCCUGUGGAGUUAGAAUGGUAGCUGUUAGGGGCAGAUAGGUCAUUUCAAGAUACAGAAUUGGUCAAGAAGUUACAGUGGUUGUACCUUCUCUGUUACUGUUACUUUGUUGGUACAAUAUAAAAUGCCAAUGCUUAUGUUUUACCUUUGUAUUUUUUAUGAUUUUUUUUUUUUGAAGAGGGUACCAAAGUGCUAUAUUUGAACUAAUUAAUUGUAACAAUUGCUAAUUGUAUAUAAUAUAACAAUAGGUGGUAUUCUUCUUUUUUUUUUUUUCCUCCCCCAAAAAUGUCAUUCUAGGCAAGGUAUUUCUUUUUUAUACAAGCAUUGGCUAGCCUUUUGUACCUGGUCCAAAAAGGCAAGUAGUAACUAUCAUUUGCCAUGUCUGUGCUUUGAAGGAUUUGCGAGAGGUUAGGCUUAAGACCGGAGGUGUGAUGCAGACAGGACAAGUGACUUAAAGAUGACAUUUCGUGUGAGGUUUGAAUCCAUUACACAUGGUGUUUACCCUCUACCAUUCUGGCUAUAGUUAUGACCUUGGCUUCACUGACUAUCCUUAAACAAAACUUUAAGAAAAAUAUAUAUACUAGCCGGGCGUUGUGGCGGGCACCUGUAGUCCCAGCUACUCGGGAGGCUGAGGCAAGAGAAUCGCCUUAAGCCCAGGAGUUGGAGGUUGCUGUGAGCUGUGUGAGGCCACGGCACUCUACCGAGGGCCAUAAAGUGAGACUCUGUCUCUACAA